AUGGCUCUUCUUGGUGUAGCCGAGCUUCGAGAUUUGAUCUUCCAUCUACUGCUGUGCCUCACGGUCUUGGCCGAGGUCCUUCAGUGCACUGCAGCCGCCUCACAGGGAGUGUACACCGAGGGGGACGUUGAGUGCCCCAUUGUAUGCCGCUGCGACGAAGACUUUAUUUACUGCAACGACCGUGGUCUUAGCGCGAUCCCACCGUUACCCCCUUCUGCCUCCAUUCUUUAUCUUCAAAACAAUCAAAUAGACAAUGCAGGACUUCCCACCUCCCUGGAGCACCUUAUCACAGUAGAGGUUAUCUACCUCUAUGAUAAUGAACUUGAUGACUUUCCCAUGCAUCUACCACCAUCCUUACGGGAGCUACACCUCCAAGACAACAACAUCCGAGUGUUGCCACGAGCCGCGCUAGCCAGGUUUCCUUUGCUUGAAAAGUUGCAUCUGGAUGACAAUUCAGUGUCCACAGUUAGUAUAGAAGACCAAGCCUUUGCCGACAACCCUCGUCUUCGUCUGCUCUUCCUUUCCAGAAACCAUCUCUCCAGUAUUCCCUCAGGGCUUCCAGCCUCGCUAGAGGAGCUCCGCUUGGAUGACAACCGCAUCUCUACAAUCCCAACGCACGCCUUUCGGGGUUUGUCUUCUCUACGCCGUCUUGUAUUGGACGGAAACCUUCUGGCUAAUCAGCGUAUUGCAGAUGACACCUUCUCACGCCUUUCGAACCUCACAGAGCUUUCAUUAGUGCGGAACUCUCUUCAGACUCCACCUGUUAAUUUACCGAGUGCACACUUGCAAAGACUUUCCCUCCAGGACAAUGCCAUAAUCCACAUGCCGCGUGGUUCCCUAGAUGGAAUGCGUAGUCUUCAGCGCCUGGAUCUUUCUGGAAACAACUUGACCACACUUCCCAGAGGUUUGUUCCGGGAUUUGGAAAGUCUAGGUCAGCUGCUUGUCCGUGGCAACCCUUGGCACUGUGGUUGCAAUCUACGUUGGCUGUAUGACUGGCUGGAAGCCAAAGGAAACACCAUUACAGUCCGUGGACUUACCUGCCAGUCUCCUGAGCGUGUGCGUGACAUGCCGCUAAAGGAACUUACCAGCCAAAUGGAUGACUGUGAACUGACAGCUGCUGGAGGUGGAGGAAUAGGUGGGGUAGGUUCAACAGGUGGAGGAGGCAAUAGAAUGAGUGGAGCAGUAGUCAUUAGCAGCUCUACAACUCUCUCCCCUCCACAGGGCUCCUUAUUUACCCUGCGGUCCAAGCGACCAGGUCUGGGGCUUCCAGACAAAGCCUUGGACUACACACUCGGCAGCAGUGGGGUAGGAAAGAACCUAGCCCUGAAUGUAAAGCCACUGUCCCACGACAGCGUCAGAGUCACAUGGAGUGUGGCUCAGACGUCUUCUUCCUUCAGGCUUAGUUGGCUUCGUCUGGGAACUAGUUCUGCUAUGGGCUCCAUCACAGAGACUUUAGUAAGGGGUGACCGCAGAGAGUAUCUCCUUACUGCCCUCCAGCCAGCAUCCAGCUACAUCAUCUGCAUGGUGCCACUAGUGUCUGGCAGCAUAAACAAAGGGAUCAUGUCUGGAGGAAACACAGAUACAGAUGAGGCUCCAGUCUGUGCUAAGGCUGAGACAUCUGAUCCCAACCUGUCUGAAGUUGAUCAGGAGGAGGAUCAGGACUCAGAACACAUCAGCUCACUCCCACUUGCUGGAAUCAUCGGUGGAGCUACCGCCAUAGUCUCUCUGGCACUUAUUUUUGGCAUAUUUUGCUGGUAUGUGCACCGCACCAGAAGUCUUUCAUCAAGAGACCACUACAAUCGCAACAGCUCACGCAAGAGCAAGCAUUAUGAUGACUACAUUGAAUCGGGUACGAAGAAGGACACCACCAUCCUGGAGAUACGAGGACCUGGAUUCCAAAUGACACCAAUGGCUGCAAGAGAGCCCAUGCAGCCCAAACCAAUACAAGAAGACUACAUAAUACAUACUAUCUUUCCAUCCAACGGCACAGGUCUUUACAAACCACCUCAACACAACACUAACUCGGCCUACGGCACAAACCGUGGAUAUAGAGAAGGAGGCAUCCCAGAUAUAGACUACUCCUACACGUGA